AUGAUUAAACUGGACUCCAAUGAAAAAUUGGGUUCGUCCCAAUUCCUAAAAAGAAAACAACUCUGGUCUAAAUAUCGUUAUUACAGUUUAUUAUUGAUUCUAUUUUUAGUAACUGGUUCUUUAUUAUUAGAUCCAGGUUCCACUGACAUCAGUAAUAAGAAUGAUGUUUCUAUUUUCUCUACUGACUCAACUGUCGAACUAUGUCCAAAAGUUCAUCCAUUAACUCCAAAAUUCAAUAAGUCCAUCGACUAUAUCUUAAACGACCCCCUAUAUAAAAAACAAUCUAUUGAAAGAUUGUCCAAAGCCGUUCAGAUCCCAACUGAAGUACAAGACGUUAAUCCAGACCCAAAAUUAAAUCCUGGCUUUUAUUCUCAGUUCAUUACACUUCAUCGUUUCAUAGAUAACACUUUCCCUCUUAUCAAAACUCGUUUGCAAAAGGAAGUAAUAAAUGAAUUCGGGCUUCUAUACACAUGGAAGGGCACUAACGAAACUUUGAAACCCAUCCUUCUGAUGGCUCAUCAAGAUGUGGUGCCUGUCAAUAAGGAUUCUGUCGAUCAAUGGACUUUCCCACCGUUCUCAGGUCAUUAUGAUCCAAACACUGAUCUCCUAUGGGGUCGUGGGGCUAAUGACUGUAAAAACUUAUUGAUUGCCGAGUUGGAGGCCGUGGAGAAAUUGUUGGAAGAUGGGUUUAUCCCAGAACGUACCAUUAUAUUAUCCCUGGGUUUCGAUGAAGAAUCCAGUGGCGUCUGGGGGGCCUCUCAUUUGGCCUCAUUUAUCCAUGAAAGGUACGGUGACGACAGUAUUUUGCUUGUCGUCGAUGAAGGUGCGGGUAUUGUAGAAGUAGAGAAUGGCUUAUAUAUCGCUCCUGUAGUCAACAGCGAAAAGGGGUACGUUGAUGUCACCAUCGAGAUCCUAGGCCACGGGGGCCACUCCUCUGUUCCACCAGAUCAUACCACCAUUGGAGUCGCUGCAGAUUUGAUUACUCUUAUUGAAUCAUCUCCAUUCCCAUCUGAUUUCCAAUUGGAUAACCCUCUCUACGGUGCUUUGACUUGUACAGCAGAGCAUUCUACCUCUUUGCCAUCGGAUAUCAAAAAUAUCAUCUUGAAUGCCGGCGUAGAUGAUAAACACAGAAAUCAGCUGACUCAAUAUGUGUCAAAUAAUAAACAGCUACGUGAUUUGAUUAGAACUACUCAGUCUGUAGAUAUUAUCUCCGGUGGUGUGAAAGCAAAUGCAUUGCCCGAAUCAACAAAGUUCCUAAUAAACCAUAGAGUAGAUUUCCAUUCUAGUGUAAGGGAAACCGUUUUAGAAGACGUUGAAAGAGCCCGUGUUGUGGCUAACAGAUACGGUUACGGUCUCUUAUUUGAAGGUGAAUACUUGAUUGAACCAACCGAGUUAGGUUUCAUCGAAGUCACUUACAGUAAACCUUUAGAACCUGCACCAACUUCACCAAGCUCCGGUCCGGUUUGGGAUAUAUUGGCCGGUACCAUCCAAGAUCUAUUUAAUAAUGCGUUUAUUGUAGAAAAAGCUAACGAUAAUAGUAACGACAGAAACAACAGUAGUAAUAGUAGUAGCAACAACGGGUUAUACGUUACUACUGGUGUGUUUUCUGGUAACACAGAUACUAAGUAUUAUUGGUCCUUAACUAAUCAUAUUUACAGAUUUAUUGGUGCUUUAUUCGAUGAAAGUUCUUUGAAGACUGUACAUUCUGUUAAUGAAAAUAUUGAAAUGAAAAAUCAUUUAUCUGCAAUCACUUUUGUAUAUGAAUUAAUCGUCAAUGUUAAUGAAUCUGAUUUAGCAUAUUAA